ACGCUGAUUGGACUCCACUGGAGCUGAGUGCUGUAUAUCUAUCUCCAUCUUCCAAGAGCAACGCCAUUGCAAAGGAUAAACUACACUUGCUUUCGUCUUCAGUGGUUUACUGCGAUUUAUCAGAGAGAAUGUGGCUUUUUAGCAGGAAAGGACCAUCUGGAUUCUCAUCAUCUUCCACAGCCGAAGAAGUUACUCGCGGGAUUGAUGCUUCUGGUCUCACUGCCAUUGUUACAGGAGCAUCUAGCGGUAUUGGCACCGAAACUUCAAGGGUACUUGCAUUACGUGGUGUCCAUGUAAUUAUGGCAGUCAGGAAUAUGGCUGCUGGAAGAGAAGUCAAAGAAGCUAUAGUAAAAGAAAUCCCCUCUGCCAAAGUUGAUGCCAUGGAAUUGGACCUCAGUUCAAUGACGUCUGUGAGGAAGUUUGCAAAAGAUUUCAAUGCUUCAGGUUUUCCAUUGAACAUCCUAAUUAACAAUGCAGGAGUUAUGGCAACACCGUUCAUGCUUUCCAAAGACAACAUAGAACUACAAUUUGCAACGAAUCACUUAGGUCAUUUUCUUUUGACAAAUCUGUUGUUGGACAAGAUGAAGAAAACAGCAAGUGAAAGUAAGAGAGAAGGAAGAAUUGUAAAUGUCUCAUCAGAAGCUCAUCGUUUCCCUUAUCCUGAAGGAAUUCGUUUUGAUAAAAUUAAUGAUCAAUCAGGAUAUAGCAGCUUCCGUGCCUAUGGUCAAUCUAAGCUUGCUAAUGUGUUGCAUGCUAAUGAGCUGGCUAGACAUUUAAAGGAAGAUGCAAUCAAUAUAACAGCAAAUUCACUUCAUCCAGGAGCAAUUUUAACCAAUCUUUUCCGUCAUAUGAGGGUCGUCAAUGGCGUGGUUGAUGUGCUUGGUAAACUAGUGCUUAAAAAUGUUCAGCAGGGUGCUGCAACCACAUGCUAUGUAGCAUUGCAUCCACAAGUGAAGGGGACAAGUGGUAAAUAUUUUUCAGACAGUAACUUGGCCAAAGCAUCUGAUCUGGGUAAGGAUGUUGGAUUGGCAAAGAAGCUAUGGGAUUUCAGCAUGAAAUUUGUCGACUGAAUGAUCCUUCGUAAAUCAGAAUAUGCAACUCCUUCCCAGAUUUAAUAAUGUUGGAUUGGCAAAGAAGCUAUGGGAUUUCAGCAUGAAAUUUGUCGACUGAAUGAUCCUUCGUAAAUCAGAAUAUGCAACUCCUUCCCAGAUUUAAUAAUGUUGGAUUGGCAAAGAAGCUAUGGGAUUUCAGCAUGAAAUUUGUCGACUGAAUGAUCCUUCGUAAAUCAGAAUAUGCAACUCCUUCCCAGAUUUAAUAGAAAGUAUCUUCAUUUCUUUUCUUAGACAUAGUGUUUAUGCAGGAAAUAGAAUGUUGUGUCUACUCUGUAGUUCACCUUUUCUUCCUUGAUCAAACUGUAAGCUUACGAGCCACAUGUAUGAAUUAUGAAUAAUAAAGUAUCUCAAGUCAAAGUCAA